CGCAUGUGCUGCAUGUUAUAAAUAUCAACAAACAUUGUAGUACAGUAGUAAGAAAUGGCACUCAAAGGAGACUUGGGUACAGCAUCAACAACUCAGUUAGUCACUGUGGACACAGACUACAGUGCUGACUCAGUUGAGUUCUGUCCUAUAGCUGGGUAUGAGAAUCUACUGGCUAGUGGUACAUACCAACUGGUAAAAGGAAAUGAGUCGUCACUUAGUCAUGAUGCAGAGAAGAGUAAAGAUGAAGAAAGAGAGGGUGACAAGCCUCACUGUCGAGUUGGUCAGCUACGACUUUACCGUGUAGACUGCAAGAAAGACCAAAAUAAUUUGGUGGAAUUGCAAAGGAUUGAAAUGGCAGCAAUAUUGGAUAUGAAAUGGUGUCAUUAUCCUGUUUCUGAGAAACCCUAUCUAGGCAUCGUGAACGCUAGCGGAGAACUCCAACUACUGGCAAACAGCUCACCAGAGACAUGCCAGUCUACGUUACAGGCAAUGGUCUCCCAUAGGAUCUGUGAGGAAGAGGAUUGUCUUGCAUUAUCAUUGGAUUGGAAUACAGGAAAAUAUCAGUGUCAGUAUCCAUCUAUCAUCAUCAGUGAUUCUAAAGGUAGCUUGACUCUCUGUCAGCUUCAUGAAGGACCAGACGCUGUCAAGUCUCUCCUCAGAUGGCCAGCUCAUGGCUUUGAGGCUUGGAUUGCGGCAUUUGAUUACUGGCAACCUAAUGUGGUAUACUCUGGGGGUGAUGACUGCAGAUUUAAGGGAUGGGACACCAGGACGUCCUGCUCCAAACCACUCUUUGUAAGUAAAAGUCACGUAAUGGGUGUAUGCAGUCUACACAGUAACCAACACAAGGAACAUAUAUUGGCUUCGGGAAGUUACGAUGAGUUGGUGUUGCUAUGGGAUACCAGACAUAUGAGACAACCAAUGACAGAGACUGCAGUAGGUGGAGGGGUGUGGCGCCUAAAAUGGCAUCCUUACCAUGGCAACAAACUCCUGGCCGCCUGUAUGCAUAAUGGAUUCCAUAUACUGGACUGUCAAGUGAUUACUGAUGGAACUUCUCAACCUAUUGUGGCAUCCUACAUAAAACAUGAAUCAUUGGCAUAUGGAGUUGACUGGUGUAGACAAUCUCAGAAGUCACCCAUCUCAGAUACAAUGGAUUCUUCCACUCCGCAUUCUGAACCAACAGUGGAUUCACAGUCCAGUCAAAACGGGGACGUACCAUCAACAUUGGAAAGGGGUGUCAGUGGUAACACCCAGGAGCAAGGCUCAGAAGAAACUCGCCAUUCUGCAUCAUCUCAGGAGUCGCCCCUCACAGAUACAAUGGCUUCUUCCACCGAGCAUUCUAAUCCAACAGUGGAUUCACAGUCCAGUCAAAACACGGCUGUACCAUUAACACUGGAAAGGGGUGCCAGCAGUAAUACUCAAGGUUCGGAAGAAACUCACCAUUCUGUAUCAUCUCUAACUACUUGUUUCGGUGAGGUCAAUCUUUCUGAUGAUAGUAAGGAGGCUUCACAGAGUCCGACGGCACAGAUUGCUUUAUCGAGUCCUCUUCACAGCAGCAGUGUCCAUGCUGAGAGAGCAGGUGGUGGUGAUUGUAGUUCAACCAAAAAAGUUGAGUCUAAAUCGGACACCAUUGCGUCGUGUUCAUUCUAUGAUCACAUGCUGCAUCUAUGGAAUGUAGAUUGGGGAAUGUAGAUUGGAGUACAAGAGUGUGAUGGAAAUUUCCCUCAAUACACAUGAUAGUUGUAUUUAAAAAAGCAAUGAUAAAAGUGCAUUCUGUCCAUUACAAUACCCCAAUGCACUGUACAAGCUUCAAACCUUUUUAUAGGGACCAUGAAUAAUUCUUAAUUUACUUAUUAUUAUACACAAACAGUGCAAGGCAAAAUAUGAAAAACCACCAGGAGAAAUUCCUGAAAGUCGCAUGCAUUUAAGCAGAUGGGUUUGAACUGAACGCUUGAACAGAUUUAGUGAGAUCGCAUUUGUCCCACUAAAAUAGGCUUUUCUGUAUUUUUUAUUAUGAGAUAUCAGCUAACAUCGCAAGGCCACAGAUGGCUACUUUAAGGUGAGGGCUACACUUAAAGGAACAUUACAGAAUUGGUUUUUGCUAACAAAACAGUUUUGGGCAGUGU